UAGACAAUGAUGAUGUUUGUUACGAUGACGAUUUUGAUAAUUAUCAUGUUGAAGAUGAGUAUCGGUGAUGGUGCGUUACCUUUACGCACCGAUGUUGAUGCAGGGCAUAUAAACUUCUAAUUUCAAGUUGAGAGUUAGUCUUUAGCGGUCUUUGACGGAAAACACAUAACACGGCGGAGAAUUUUGAAAAUAAUUGAGUUUUUUGGAAAAUCCAAAAUCGUCUUUGCGUUAAUUAAAAAGAGUUAACCGAAAAAAACUAUAAAAAAUGAAAAUUGUAUUCUUAUAUCUUUUCUAUAUGGUGAUAUCGCCCAUAGAUAUUCUCGGCUUUGAAUCAAAUGACUUUCCGACACCGACACAUAAUUUGACACAUUGGCGGGAACAUCGGCGUAAAAAGAGAUAUUUAAUAUUUGCAACAUCGGGAAUGGCAAAGGUCGUCACCGGUGUAACUUACCCUGUCGAUUUAUCAGAUAAACGCCCUUGGCGCCAAUUGGUUAUGUUAUAUAAUUUCCAUUACCAAUAUGGUUUGCCAACCAAACCCAUCUAUUGGUGGGACAAAUGGGAUAAAAGAAAUUUAAAUGGCAAUGUGGGCGGAUUGUUUGGACCCACUGAUCCCUCGGCGGAGGCUUAUCAAACAGACGAUGCUCAAUUAUUUCUCUACACCUUUGCUGAGAACCUUAUGAGUCGUCAUGGCGAAGAUGGUCGUGAAUGUUUGCUAAAGGCCAUCUGUGAAAAUGCCCAAAUCGAUGUGCACCAGGGCAUGUAUGCGGAGUUGUUGCAUCGAUUUUUGAGACCCCAUCGAAAUUUGGAUUCCUAUUAUGUGAAUGCAUGGCAUAUGGGCCUGGAAGGUGUCGACUGUCAAUAUCAUUUUCCAAAAGCCACGAAUUGCCUGCUGGAUCAAUAUACCCAUGUGCGAGAGGAGUAUAUGGGUUAUACCACAGUAAAAUAAUGUACCUGUCCUUAAAGCCUAUUAAUAAAAGUAUCUAUAAAAGACUGUUUGUUUAUAAUAAAAUUAUUAAAUAUUUAGGAAAA